UCUCAAUUAUAAACAACACGUACUAUGGGACGUAGUCGUUCACCUUCUCCAGGAAGAAGAAGAGAUCGAUCUCGAGAUCGAGAUCGGGAACGUGAACGAGAUAGAGAUAGAAGAAGAAGACGUUCUCGUGAAAGAAGACGAAGAUCUGUUGAACGGGAUCGAGUAAAAUCGAGAGAAAGAGAAAGGGAUCGUGACCGUGAACGAGAUAGGCAUAGACGUUCAUAUAGUAGAUCUAGAUCAAGAGAAAGAGAUAGGCCUAAACCCAAAUUAAAACCUACAACAGAACGUCCUGUUAUUACAGAAGCUGAUCUUCAAGGAAAAACACCAGAAGAACAAGAAAUGAUGAGAAUAAUGGGUUUUUGUGGUUUUGAUACUACUAAGGGCAAAAAAGUUGAAGGAAAUGAUGUGGGAGCUGUACAUGUUAUUCUUAAAAGAAAGUAUAGACAAUAUAUGAACAGAAAAGGAGGAUUCAAUAGACCAUUGGAUUUUGUAGCAUAAAUUUUAUAAAUAUGACAAUUCCACAAACAAUACAAUUUCAAAUUCUUUACAAUUCGUUCCAAGUUCCAUUGUUUAGUGAGCCUGGUUAGAACAAUAGGAUGUGCAAAUGGUACAGAAAAUAAUUCAUAUAAGUAAACAUAAUAUAUCAUAUAGAAAAAAAUGAAAAACAAAAUAUGUUUAAUUUUUGUUUCUUUUUUUUUUUUUUUAUAUCUUUUAACCCAAAUUUUAAAUAAGAAUAUUUCAAUCUUCUGUUCUACAUCGUUUUUUUGAAGGUAUUGUAUUAUCAUCAUUGUCGCUGAAAUCAUCUGUAUUUGAAAUAGGAUUUUCAUUUUCAGAGUUUUCUGGACUUGAUGAAUUAAGCUAUAAAAAUUAAAAAUAUUUUAGAAUAUUGCUAAUAUUUUUAAAGAAAUUAAUAUAUAAUAUAUUCUUUGUUUGCUGAUAUUACCAAACUUGUAUCCAUUUUCUCAAGUCCUUCUACCAAUUCUGGAUUUUUUAUUCUAAAAUCUCUAGUUAUGCUGUGUUUCAUAUAAUUUUCUAAUGGUAUCUAAUCAUAUAAAUUGAAUUCUAUAUGAAUACAAAAUGAAUGAAUGAAUAAACUAUUUAAUACUUUGAUUUAAUACUUACACCCGUUCUUUUGCCAAGUAAUAAUAUUUCUUUAUUGAAUUGUUCAAUUUCAUAUACUACACGAGGUAUUAUUUUAGUUUCUUUUAAAAUUUUAUUUCUUUGUGCAUAAGAGUCAAAUUUUGACUGUAAUUUAUUUUGAUUUUCCUGAUUUUUUUGAUAAAAAUAAAUACAUUAUUAAUAAUACUAUUAAUAUUAUUGAUAUAAUAUAUUAAUAUUAUUGAUAAAAAAUUUAUAAAAAAUAACAUACCUCUACAUAUGUUACUAAAUUAUAAAAAGUAGAUUUUAAUGGUUUACCAGCUAAUUGUACUAAUUGAAUGAAUCUAUAAUCAUUAUACAAUAAGAAAUUCAAUUUCAAUAAUACAUAAAUUAUUACUUAUGUAAAAUAAUAUAUAUGCAGUACAUACUUAACUGCUUGGAAUGCUGCAUUUUGAAUAUUUGAUUUUGUGUAAAAAUAUUUUGUAAGGUUUCCAAGUAAAUGAUACAAAUAUUGUAAAUUUUUAAAAGUAUUGUCAAUACAUGGACUUGAUUCAAUUGAUAUAUUGGCUAAUGUUUGGAGUACUUGAGCAAGAUAGGAUAAUUGUUUACAUAAAUUUCGUUCCUUUUCUUUUAAAUUAUUAUUUACUAUUAAAAUAAUAUAAAAAUAAUAUAAUUUUCUAUUUGUAAAAUUAGUUGUAAAAUUUUUAUUUGAUAUUUCAAAUUUAUACUUACAUACUUCAUCAAUUGUUCCAGGUGCUCGAAUUAUGAUGUCUUCUGCUUUUAAUCGCAUCAACAACCAUGAAGCAUUAUCCAACUUUUGUUUAAUAUGACUAUUUAAUACAGUAUAAAUUUGUAAUAUAGUAUCUUCGCGUAUAAUUUUAUAUAUUCUAUUCAUUAUUAACUCAGUCUAUAUUUGAUAAAAAUAAAAAUCAAUGUGAAAUACAAAAAAAAUUUAAAUAUUGUAAAAUAAAGAAUAUUACUUACACCAUCAA